AUGUAUACUCGUAUUUUACCGUCAUUUGAGAAACAAGAGGAAAUUUCCUCUACGGAAGCGGAGCUAAUUUCCGAAGUGUUCUCGAAGCCUGAUGAAGGCUUCAGGGAAACUCACUCAUCAAAGAGCACUAGGUGGAUCGCCCGGACGGUCGUCAUGGCAACGGGGUGCGCUGUCGGCGCGCGCCGCCGCCCAACGGCAGAAGUGACCCCGCCGCCGCCGCGGAUGCUGUGUCAACCCUCGGGACACCGUUUUCUGACGUAUCAAGAAUGCGUGCGUCACGCUAAAUAA